CUGCAGAGAAAGCUAUCGAGUCGCUCGGACCGAGUGAAGGCUAUCGACUUCCACCCGACAGAGCCAUGGCUUUUGGCAGCCCUUUACAAUGGGACCGUGUAUAUUUGGAACCACGAAAACCAGAACCUGGUGAAGACAUUUGAGAUCACGGACCUGCCUGUUCGUGCCGCCAAGUUCAUCGCACGCAAAUCAUGGUUGAUCACAGGGUCGGAUGACAUGCAAGUCCGUGUAUUCAACUACAACACGCAUGAGAAAGUGAUUGCGUUCGAGGCGCAUCAAGAUUACAUUCGUCACAUUGCGGUGCAUCAGACACAGCCAUACGUUCUGACAUGUUCAGAUGACAUGACGAUAAAGUUGUGGGACUGGGACAAGGGAUGGAGGAACGUUAUGGUGUUUGAGGGCCACACGCAUUUCAUCAUGCAAGUGAACUUCAACCCAAAGGAUGGAAACACAUUCGCCAGUGCAUGCCUGGAUCGUACCAUCAAGGUUUGGUCGCUCGGGUCUCCGACACCAAACUACACACUCGAGGGGCAUGACAAAGGUGUCAAUUGCGUAGAUUACUACUACGGUGGCGACAAGCCAUACCUGAUCAGUGGCGGUGAUGACAAGACCAUCAAAGUCUGGGACUACCAGAGCAAAACUUGUGUGCAGACUCUAGAGGGGCAUACGCACAAUGUCACUGUCGCGUCCUUCCACCCGGACCUCCCCAUCAUCAUCAGUGCUAGUGAAGACGGCACGGUACGACUUUGGCACGCCAACACCUACAGGUUAGAAAACACGCUCAACUACGGGAUGGAACGCGUUUGGGCGGUUGCAUAUCUCCGAGGAACAAAUGAUGUUGCCUUCGGAUAUGACGAGGGCACCAUCGCGAUAAAGCUCGGACGAGAAGAGCCAGCGGUCAGCAUGGACAACACUGGGAAGAUCAUCUGGGCAAAACACAGCGAGAUCCAGACUGUGAAUGUCAAGACGAGCGCGGAUGAGAACAUCAAAGAUGGCGAGAGGAUCCAACUCGCAACGAAGGAGCUGGGAAGCUGUGAGGUGUACCCGCAAAUGCUGCAGCACAGUCCGAACGGGCGGUUCGUGGUUGUCUGUGGGGAUGGGGAGUACAUCAUAUAUACCGCAGUCGCGUGGCGGAACAAGAGCUUCGGGAGCGCAUUGGAGUUUGUCUGGGCGAUGAACUCAACCGAAUAUGCCAUUCGCGAGUCUUCCUCCAAAGUGAAGAUCUUCAAGAACUUCAAAGAAAAGACGGAGGUCAAUAUCAGACCGACGUUCAGCGCAGAAGGAAUCUUUGGGGGUGCUCUGCUGGGUAUCCGGAGCAGCAACUUUGUCAACUUUUACGAUUGGGAGACUGGAGUUUGCGCGCGGAGGGUGGACGUUGUUUGUCGGAAUGUGUACUGGUCUGAAUCCGACCUCGUCGCCAUCGUUUGCGACGACACGACGUAUAUCCUCAAGUUCAACCGGGUUGCCUUCCAGCAGUAUAUUGACAGGCAUGGUGCCAACAGCAUCACCGAAGAGGGAAUUGAGGAGGCUGUUGAUUUUGUUGCCGAGAUCAAUGAAGGCGUAAAGACUGGAUGCUGGGUCGGCGAUUCGUUCAUCUAUACGAACAGCACAAACCGUCUUAACUACCUCGUCGGAGGUCAAACCUCUACCCUGAGCCACUUUGAUAACACGUUGUACCUAUUGGGCUACAUCUCACGAGACAACAGGAUUUAUCUGACCGAUAAAGAUCUGGGGGUGUACAGCUAUGCUCUCCCGCUGAGUCUGAUUCAAUAUCAGACCGCAGUCUUGCGCGGCGACCUUGCACUCGCCGACAGCAUUCUGCCCAGCGUACCAGCCGAUCAAAGAAACCGUGUCGCGCGCUUCUUGGAGGGUCAGAAUCUGAAGGAGCAGGCACUCGCCGUUUCCGCGGACCCCGAACACCGAUUUGACUUGGCCAUACAAUUGCAAAAGAUGGAACUCGCUUACGGAUUGGCUGGCGAGCUGAAUCAGGAGGACAAGUGGAAGAUCGUUGGAGACAAGGCUUUGGAGAUGUGGCAAUUCGGGCUGGCUGAGGAAUGUUUGCGGAACGCACAGGAUUUGGAAGGUCUGCUCUUGCUGUACCAGGCCGGCGGGAACGGCCGGGGCUUGACGGAGUUGGCAGACCUUGCUGUGAAGGCCGGCAAGAACAACAUCGCCUUUAUAUGCUACCUCCUCCGAGGAGAGAUGGAGAAAUGCACAGACCUCCUCGUUUCGACGGACCGUAUUCCAGAAGCAGCGCUUCUUGCACGAACAUUCAUGCCCAGCCAAAUCGAACACGUUGUGGACCUCUGGCGCCAAGAUCUUGUCAAGAGCAACAAACUCAAGAUCGCUGAGGCGAUCACGGGCCCGGGGGACCACCCUGAGCUCUUCCCUGACCUGGAGUACGCCUUGUUCGCCGAAGAAGCCUUCAAGCGCCGACGGGAAAAGGGGGCUGUCCCCGCCACCGAUUACGAGGACAUGAAGGAGAGCCUGGACUGGGAUGUUAUUGGACAGCUGAAGGAGCGGUUCCCUGAUGGGUUACCUGAUGGUGGUGCGCAGCUUGAGCCGGCACCGAGUUUGGAUGGAGAACGGGCUCCAAGUACGAGGAGUGUCCGGAUGAAUGUGGACGACCGCGUGCAACCGGGGGAAGAAGUGGUGGGUCUUCUCACCUUCCUACGUGGGAUGUUCGAUGGGGCACAAACUCAUCCAUGCCACUAUACAUUUUUUUCCAGGAGAGGCCGUCGUACCGUGAAGACGAGCGCGUCGACACCAUUUCGGAUAACAUGA